AUGGCUUCCAACACCAUGUGGGAUAUAUUCGAUUCAUUCCUGGAUAAAACGCAAGAGAGGAAUGUAUGUCAUGAAAUGGCAGUCAAGAUCACUGGUGACGAUGAUAUUGAAAUAGUAUUUUCAUUGAGCAGCGACGAUCCAUCCUACUUUGAAGAAGAAGUAUGCUCGGUCGAUUCGUAUUCCGCCGAAGAAGAACCAUCGGCUCACUUUGAUCAAUAUUCUGAACCUUCCAACUCGUUGCUCUUGGAGGAACAUGUAGAAGAACGACGAGCGAAAAAGCGCGGCAAAAAAGACAAAUACGCAACAAGCUUAUCCAGGACGUCAACGACAAUGACCACGGAAACAAAUUCUACAAGGACUGUCAGCAACACUGUUUCAGGCAAGACUCUGUCCACGAAAUCCGUCUUUGUUGAUUUGGAUGAAUUUGAACAAGAGCAAGUUCAACGAGACAAGGAACGAAAACAACGGAGACUGAGGCGACAGCGAAGGCAAGACAAUAGUGAUGAGGUCGACGACCAAGAAGAUGACGACCACCGAAGGAACGGCCCAUUGCAACGGAAGGCCUCCGAGGAAACCGAAGAUUCAGAUAUCGAUGAUUCGCUUGUAUUUGACGAUGACUUUGUUGGAAGUUUUGGUGACGAUGAUGAGCAAAAUAAUGAUAUACUCGUCUACGAUGCUGAUGACGAUCUUGUGAUGCAACUUGUGGACGACGAUGAUAUUGACGAUGAUGAAGCUUUGACCCGUCUUAUUGAUAUACAUGUUGGUGAUAUGAUGGAUGGGUCAUCCCAUAUGGACGCGAUUAGCAUGAGGUUACGGCCAACAUUUGCAUUGCCUCCAAUGCCAGCAGCACCAGCCGCAACAGUAAUUCCCAUCCUUCCAAACCACUCCAAGAGUAGCAGCAAGAGAAGGAAUCUACUGUCACUGCCACAGAUCGUCGAACAGGAAGUUGAAGACGAACAAGAAGGAUCAGAAAGACAAGCAUGCAUAGAAGAAAUCGAAGAUCCUCAUCUUCGAACACUCCUCAAGACCAUUAGCAGAACGUCCAAAUGUUCCGAAAAUUUCGACAUGGAUGCGCUUAUGGAACAUUUUCAAGAGGACGACGUUCAAGAUCCCUCGAUCAACAUAGCAUUAGAGAACUUGAGCUCGCGCAUCCGAAAGGCCAAUCCUAAGUCAAAGUCAUUGACAGGGGGGAAAAUUGAAGAGAUCGAUUUGGACCUUUUCUUUGAUGAUGUUCGUAAAGGGGUUCAACGAGAGUCCCGACACGACGCACCGACCAAGCGAAAGCUAGCAGUUUCAACUGAAAAUAGAGAUAGUGCCCCAUCAUCAGACUUGUUCUUGGACGACAUUGUGCUUGAACGCGGGAUGAGUUCUCUCACCAUGGGACACAAGACGUGCAUCAGCGCAUCAACCGUUGAAGAUUCCCUGAUUGUUGCCCUGCUAAAUAGGCCUCUUGUCGCAGAUGGCAACAGCGAAAACAAAGUCAGCAUGUUCAGUCGAAACAGAAACAAAAAGCAUAAGAUUGAAAAGAACAACACGAGGGAAGAGAGUAUACAACCUUUCAGUACCCUGAACAACAAGGGAAAUCUAAGCAAGCUCAAGAAAAAACUCACGAGGAACAGCAACAAAGUGGGCAAAACGGUUGGAAAACUAUUGUCCAUUACUCCAUCUUCGAUCAAUACGGAGAAUUCUUCAACUUUCACAAGCACCACUCUUGACUUGAGUAGCUCCGCUUACAUGAAUGACAAGCCGUUUGAAUCAGAAGACAAAGCUCUCAAGGCGCAUAACCCACCCCGGAAGAACAGAAUGGCACAACUUUGGCACAAGACCAAAAAAGGAGCUACUGCAAGAAGAGGAGAAACGUACCAAACUCUGGAUCCCAUCGGCGAACUAGCUUCUGCUUGA